ACUUUUCGUAAUCGGAAUGACAUUUUAAUUUUGUGUGGAAAAACGCAAGUGAAAUUCCGCAAAUAAAAACAGUGUCUGAAAAACUAAAAGAAACACCAUGGCUCCCGUCGAUCAGGAUGUAGAAAUGAAAAACGUUGAAAGUCCUGCAGCUGCUAGCGAUGUCGAAAUGACUGAAGUGAAAAAAGAUGCUGAUGUACUGAGCGUCCAGGAUUUAAGAGAGCAUGUUAGACAAAUCGAUAAAGCAGUAAGCUCAAAAGAACCAAGAUUCGCAAUGAGAGUUCUACGUUCCCUACCCAGCACAAGAAGAAAGCUAAAUGGCAACGUUUUACGAGCUAUUAUCAGUCAACUUUAUCCAUCAAGCGCUGACAAAGAGACUUUACUUGGAUUUGUCGAAGCGCCAUUGCCUAGUGCGGUAGACAUUGAAACACCGCGUUCAAGGAGUGCUCCUAAGACGCCAGCACCUGAAGUUGACGUGUAUAUUCAUCUUUUGGUAUUGCUCCGCUUAUUAGAUACAAACAAGCUAGAGGAAGCCACUGAAUGCUCUCAGCAGCUAAUGAACAAGGUAACUGCUCAAAAUCGUAGAACUCUAGAUCUUAUUGCUGCAAAAUGUUAUUUCUAUCAUUCAAGAGUCUUUGAAUUGACAAACAAGUUGGAUCUUAUAAGAGGCCUACUACAUGCUCGUCUUCGCACAUCCACACUUCGCAAUGAUUAUGAGGGCCAAGCAGUGCUUAUAAAUUGCCUUUUGAGAAACUAUUUACAUUAUUCAUUAUAUGAUCAAGCAGAUAAAUUAGUAAGUAAAUCAGUUUACCCUGAAAAUGCAAGUAAUAAUGAGUGGGCAAGAUUUCUUUAUUACUUGGGUAGAAUAAAAGCAGCUCGGCUUGAAUACAGCGAUGCUCAUAAGCAUUUAGUGCAAGCUUUGCGGAAAGCACCUCAGACUGCAGCUGUUGGAUUCCGUCAGACAGUGCAAAAGCUAGCCAUUGUAGUUGAACUACUAUUGGGAGAUAUACCAGAGCGUGCUAUUUUCAGACAAGCUCCGCUCAGAAAAGCUUUGGCGCCAUACUUUCAACUGACCCAAGCUGUGCGCUUAGGAAAUCUUCAAAGGUUUGGAGAAGUUUUAGAAAAUUAUGGACCACAGUUCCGCAGUGAUCAUACAUUCACUUUGAUCCUACGUUUGAGACAGAAUGUUAUUAAAACUGCUAUUCGUUCUAUUGGAUUGUCAUAUUCUCGUAUAUCACCGAAAGACAUUGCUAGAAAACUAGGCUUAGAUUCUGCUGAAGAUGCUGAAUUUAUUGUAGCUAAAGCUAUACGUGAUGGAGUUAUUGAGGCUACCCUUGAUCCUGAAAAGGGGUACAUGAGCAAUAAAGAAAGUUCUGAUAUUUAUUGCACAAGAGAACCACAAUUGGCUUUCCAUCAACGUAUAUCUUUCUGUUUGGAACUCCAUAACCAGAGUGUGAAGGCUAUGAGAUAUCCACCCAAGUCCUAUGGCAAGGAACUUGAAAGUGCUGAGGAGCGUCGUGAAAGAGAACAGCAAGAUUUGGAACUGGCUAAAGAAAUGGCUGAAGAAGAUGAUGAUGGAUUCCCUUAAAAAUAUAUUGUUCUUAUUAAUAUCCUCUGAAAUAUAAAUAACACUUUGUUAGAACUGCUACUUACUUAUCAAUUGAAUUAUAUUCCUUUCUGA